UAACUCUUCUCUUUGGAAAAUGAUCCUCCUUCCAGGUGCUGUAUGAACAAGAUAUUCAGUUCCGAUCCCCAUCCAGAGCAUUUAUGGAACCCUAAAUCGAAAGAGGCACAUCUGAUUAGUGAGAGGUUUAUGAUCGGAGAGAUGGAGUUUAAGGUUCGUGAUUACAAAGCUGAAGAAGCAGUCCAUUCGCUCACUCGAGUUCCGGUUUCUUCACAUCCUCUCUGUUCGUCUCCAUCUUCAUUAUCGUUACAUACGCAGGAUCAUGGGAGCAUUGAGUUCUAUGAUCCAUUAAGGGGGCUAUCGAUGGAAAUCUUGGAGCCUGUCGAGGAUAUGGCUGUUGCAGAAAAGCGUCCUGCUAGUCAACCAACCUCUCAUAUAUCUGCUAAGGAGUGGGCAUCUUACAAGAAGUUAUUGAUGCAGAGAUUUCCUGUGCCGAAAAUGAUUUCGGUUUCUACGCUGUCAAGCAAAACUAUAAGAGGCAGCAAGGCUGUUGGAAAACCACCGGUAAACAUGCAAUCAGAUGAACUGAAUGAUUCCCAAAAAUUGAAUGAAGAAGGAUUCAAGAUUGUAGGCCAGCAGGAGUAUAUCGCACGAUUGCAUGAACUUAAAGAUGAGAUCAUGCGAUCUUGGCAUUCUGAUGAUCGUGUAACAUCUUUAAAGUUGUCAAUCAAGGUUGCUAUGCUUCUGAUGGACACCUCUGUGGCACAAUUUUAUCCAUCAUUAUUUGUUCUAGCUACUGAUAUAAUGGACAUGCUAGGUGAUAUGGUAUGGGAGCGGAUCAAGCAGAAAGCUGAGUUUGCCGAUGAUGGAACCAUGAUAUGCUCUUUGCCAGAUGACUUUGAUUCAAAUAAUAUAUGCCUUGAAGCCAAAGAGACAUGCAGUAACUGGUUCAGAAAAAUUGCUUCCAUCCACGAGCUUCUUCCGCGCAUCUAUCUUGAGCUUGCGAUAUUUCCAUGUUGGCGGUUCUUGCAUGAUAAUGUUGGGGAUAGCCUCAUGCGCUUGGUUAUGAUGAUAAGAGGGAUUGCAGAUCCAUUGGCUUCGGCCUACUGCCGCUUCUUUUUGCUUCACUGUGCCCAAAAACUUCCCGGGCGCAGCACAGCGCAUCUGAUCACUUGUGUCAAUGACCUAAAAGUUGUACUUAUGCGGAUCGUAUCUAUGAAAGAAACCACGUUUGGGAACUUUUUGGGAGAUCGAAGGUUGCUUAUCAGCCUGAUGGAGCCAACAAUCGAGUAUACUACGAGAUGCGUUUUUAAGGAUCCAAAUCAGGUUGCUGAUAUGAUUGUGAGACUUGGAUUAGGGAAGAACCCAUUGGAAUUUUAUGGAAAAAUUCCCUGGAUAUCAGUUAUCCUCCAUCAUUUACUUAGGGAACUUCCAACUGAAGUAGUGUGUUCAAAUGCUGUGGAAAUUCUUCACCUUGUUGAGUGCAGCGACGAUUAUUCAUUUGACCAGUGUUUAAAUUACAAGAUGCUUGGAUUGAAACUUUGUGAGGGAAUAUCUCAAGUGAAAGAUGUUGAUCCCGUAAUUAAUGAAGUAAUUCAGGUUGCUACCGAAAGGAAGAGCCUUGAUGAGUAUUUGAAGAUCUUGGAUGCUUAUAUGGAUAUUAUUCUACAACAUAAGAUGGAUCUUUAUCUAAAUUCCAUUCUAAGUGAAAUAUUUGAGAGAUUGUGCAAUGAAGUGGUUACCGAAGCGGAAUUGGCUAGCCUGCAAUCAAUUGCUCUGAAGCUGAUCACACAUUUUGAUGAUAUGAAAUAUGUUUUUGAGCUGAACUAUUUUGUUGACAUAUUAGAUGUCAUGCAUGGGAGCUCAAGAAGCAUUGUGGAUAUGCACAUCCUUACUAAUGCCACAAGAAAUGAUCGCAUUGAUGAUCCUACCACCAUAAAACUGCUUUUUGAUGUUGCUCAGUCUCUUCACGAUAGUGUUAAUUUCCCAAGCACGAGACAGGAUGAUAAUCAUCAGGGAGAGCGUUUGAUUGCUCGUUUUGUUGAUAAGGUUGACCAUGGUAAGGAGUUGGAUCGCCAUUUGACUUUCUUGAUUGAAUGCCGUGGAGCUUUUAAUAACAUGAAUGAUCUGAAGGAAAUUCUUGUUCAUUCGAGCAAUCUUUUAGCAGCCAGGGCUUUGAGAGAGAAAACUGAUCAUAUCAACUUUAUCAAAUCUUGCAUUACUUUUAAUGAAGUUACAAUACCAUGUAUUCCGUCUUAUUCGAGGCAGUUAAUCUUAUAUCUUGAAACAGCAGAGGUUUCUCUUUUUGGAGGUUUGAUUUCCUAUUCAGAUGGACUUGUUGAUUCCGCUAUCGGCUGCUUACAAAACGUUUACUUGGUAGAUGGCUUGCGGAAAUCCAAUGAAGAUGCUGAUGGUAUUGUUUCCUUGAUGCAAAGGUUAUGCAGCUUCAUGCUCUUGGUUCCAGGUUUAUUCAUAUUUAACUUACUAAUCUUAAAAGUAAUUGUUCACAUAAAAAUUCAUAACAAAGAAGGUUCCGUUAGAUUGAAGGUUCAAAAUACAAAUCUUUUGGUGUAUUAGUGAAAUUUUAUC